UAUCCGUUCUGCUAGUGAAUUGAAAUAUUUGCAAAAUCAACAUUUGGAUAUCUACAAAAUCGGAUCGUUUGAUCUUAUCAACUUACAGCCAGGGUCAGCCUCAGCAGAUUCUUCUCGUCUUUGUUGGCAGUUAGGCCUUAGAUCCAUGGAAAAUCUAGAGCUUCCUAUGCGUUUUGAUUCAGGAUUUGAUGAUAUUUUCGAAAGUGCAAAUAAUCAACAGUGUAUGCAAGGUGAUUGUCGCCUUUUUGUACGAAAGCUUCCUUCCGGCAGCCCUCUAGCCAUUUUGGAACUAAAUUAUACUAUUUGGCGUCCUUUUCUCACACAUCAUCUGCGAUUUUUUACGGAGGAAUCAAGAAAAUUUGUACGAGCUGUACCUCUAUCAAAUACCUUUUGUUUUAUCCGAUGUUCAGAUCCAACAGUUUAUUGUCAAUUGCUUGAAGAAGGGCGUUUACUUCGAAUUGAGUGUCAAACUGGGGAUGCACCAAAUAUACGUGAUUUUUUAAUAUUUUUCUAUGAUGAAAGCUUUGGACCAAUUAAAUUACAAGCUGUUUGGCGUGUUUCUAUACAUUCUUUUCGACGUUUACAUUCAGAAACGAUUCAAGGUCAACCAGUUAGCGUUCCUCUUAAUUUUGGCGAAACUGAUUUACUUUCUGCUCCUGGAGGUGAAUUAAUUCGCCUUUAUUGUUCGUCGCCUUUACAUUCACAUUUCCUUCCUGGAUCUGUGCUUCCAGCUUCACAAACACCAAUUCAACCUACAAUUUUGCUUAAUGUUCAACAGCUUGGUCGUUUGCAUUUGUUGGUAAAUGCCGUUCGUGCAACUGCUCAACAAAUAAUUUCUCAAUGGUUAAUAACCUUGUCAGUUGGACGGCCGAAUGUAACAAAAACUUUUCAAGUGAUUGUCCCAGCUCAAGUACAGACUGUGGUACAUAAAAGAAUUCCUCUUGACAACCCUUUGGCCAUUGAGCGCAAAUUUAAGCUUACUUCCUCUGAUCCAACACUUCUUUAUGUACCAACACCAUCUCCUCCACCUAUUCCACCAAAUUCUGCUUUGCCAGUACAACUAGAAAUUCGACCAAUUUCCUCAGAGAAUAGGCCUACACAACGACAGGUUCUUCUCUUUGUACAAGAUUCUCAAACAGGAAAUCAAGAAGAAACUUUUCAAUUUAACAUUCGUUUUCAUUAAA